AUGGGACUUUUCGAUAUAAUGUCCGCUUCGGAGCCACAGCUGAGCCAAGGAUUGCCGCAACCGAUGGCCACCGGAUCGGCGCCGCAGACCAUCACUGGUGGCGAUCAGUUGUCGCUGUCGUCGGCCGACAAGCAAUCGGUGCCACUAAUGAUGGAAGCGAUGGAACCGAUGGGCGAAUUGGACGGCGCUAUCAAUAGUCUGGCCGUCUCUGCGAAAUACAAUUUAACCCAAUUAUCGCCGAAACAACUGCUUCUGAGUCGAUGGCAAGUCAUGAAGAGUUGGGGAAUGUUUGCCGACACCAACCGAAUGCUGUUCCCGACGGCUAUCAACCAAUGGUCGCGACGACUGGUGAAGAAUUUGCAAUACUUUCAAAGCAAUUAUAUGUGUCUUUUCAUCAUUUUGUUCAUCUAUUGUGUGCUCACAUCACCGCUACUUCUGCUGGCGUUGUCCGCGUCGGUCGGCGGCGCCUAUAUCUUGACCCUCAAGAACGCCGAGAGACCGCUCAAGUUCUUCGGCCGACGGCUGACGUUAGGCCAGCAGUACUUGUGUCUGGCGGUGGCGUCUCUGCCCCUGUUCUAUGUGGUGGGCGCGGGUGCGGCCGUCUUCUGGGUUAUGGGCGCCUCACUCUUUGUGGUCGGUCUUCACGCCUCCAUCUAUGCUAUCGAAGCCGUCGACGACUCCAUCGAUGGCCAGCCCUUUGCUUUCAAUGUGCAAAGUGUUUGACUUUUACGCACCACUUGUUAUCCCUAUUAACCUAAUUGAACACCAAAUUUGAUCCCAAAAUCUCAACGCUAUUUGAACUACAAUUUUAAUAUAAUAUAAUACGAAAUGUUUGCUAUGUUUUUAAAUUAUUUAACUUUUAAAUUAAUUAUUUAAUAUUUUUGAUGUAAAUGUUAAUAAAAAAACUGAAUAAAAUUUUAUAUACAGUAUAUUUGCAGUUGAAA